UUUGUUUAUUAGAGUCAUCUUGAAUUAUCAAUUAUCAAUAACUGAAAAAUAGCUAAUUAACCAUGUCGGAUAUACCCAACAUCGCAUAUGUUUCGAGCAUGACAUCCAAUGAAGAUGGACGACCGCCUGUUAGACGAACUUUCGCCCCUGAAGGUGAUUACAUUUCACAAGGAAGUUUCGAAGAAAAAAUGAAUGAAAUGAGAGAACAGAUACGUGUUGAAAUGAAAGCCGAAAUGGAAAAAAUGCGUCAGGAAAAUGAGGCUUGCCGCAAAAGAGAUAUAGAACUCAAGAAAAAGUAUGAAAACAAAAUUGAAGAAAUGCAAAAAAAUCAUAUGGCUGAACUGAAAUCAUUUCGCAAAAGCUUUCUUCAUUAUGAGGACAGAUGUUCAUAUGCGAAAAAGAAGAUCGAAGAAUUUAAGAAUAAGGCAGCUCAAGGAAAAUUAAGCACGGAAGAGCUGGUAGCUGAAAUGAACAAGUUGAUGGAAGAGUUUCCGGGAGAUGUAAAUUCUUCCAAACUAUUGGAUGACUUGUUCAAAAAGGCUGGAGUGAAAAAGGAAGAUCUGGACAAAGCAGCAAAGAGAAUUACUAAAAACAAAAGUCCAAAUUUUGACUGGACCAAGUUUUUCUUACUCAUUGUAGUGGGUGGGGUUGGUGGGGCAUUUUUCGGAUGGCUUUUACCAUUCCUGUUUGGAGGAAGUAUGGUUUUGACUGCCAUAGUUACUUUUGUCGGUGGAGGUACGGGAGCCUGCAUCGGAGCCGGGAUUGGUUGGCACAUAAGUUGAUUCACUCAAGGGAUUUUGAUGGUGUUGGUAAUUAUGGAAGUGGAAGAAAGCGAAUUCAAUUUUAUUUCAAGCCUAGUUUCGCCGAAAAAGCGAAUCUUUCCACUUUUUCAAGUAAUUAUCAAAACCACAAAUCUACAUUGAAUAAUUACCGAUGCCUGUAAAAUUUAAAAUGUGUUUUAUUGUAAUUCAUUUUCUUGUACUUCCGUAGUGCGUGUACCAGGUUAGGGUUAAGCCAUAAUUUUAUUUCAAUUUUUCAUAUUUUAGUUCUAUUACGAGUUCGGUGACUGUUUGUGUUAGUUGGGUGAAUAUACCCCCAGCCCAUGGGCUCUCCCUCCUUUCACAACUUGAUGUAAAAUAGGCGAACGAAAUUAGUUACCUCUAUAUUGGUACACGUACUCCUGGAGCACCAUUUAUAUUAAUGAUGCCUUUAAACAUUAGAGACUCUCGAACGCAUUACGACAGAUUUAUUGAAAUAAAAAGUUCGAGUUAAAUUGUUUUUCUUGAUUUUUUGUUGAAAUGGAUUCUUUCUGGUUGAAAGUAACCACAAUCUAUGAAACUAUUUAUCAUAAUUGAGGUUUCAUGUAUAACCAUAUAGAUAUAUUUUUGCAAAAUUUAACAUAGAUUUUUCCGAAAGUCCCUUGCUACCUUUAGUGAAAAUAAUACCAAGAUUUUUUCUUUUAGGUAAUGUUUUUUUGUAAAUUAUCUGAAAUAUAUUACAAAUAUUAACCCCUUCACUGCCAGGUAUCAAUUUUAUUCAAAUUGUAGAAUGUGCUAUCAAGAGUCUUUUAUGUUCAAAACCAAUUUGAUUGUACAUAUAUUUUAAUUCUGCCUAUUGCAGGGAUGUCGAAAACCAAUUAAUUCACGAUUUAAAAAAAUACUUCUGAAUAUGAAAUAUCAAAUAUUCUAAAUUCCAGCCUGCUUGCAUUUCCCCAUUAAUCAUUGUUAAAAACUGAAAUUUAUUAUAAUAAGAUAAACAUUGUUUAUUUGAUUGCGCAACCUCUACAGUUAUUCGAAAUGGAUCAUUUGCUGAGAAAUUACAAAUUUCUAAAUAAAAACUUUAUAAAUCAUUCUCAAAGCCUAGAACUAAUUACCUAUGUCGAAUGUUACCAAUUUCAAAAGCAUUCAAUUUUUUGAUUCGGUUUUGGCAUCCCUGUGUUUAUAGCAUAUGUGUAAUUUUUUUUCUGUAAUUUCCAUUUUAAAUGUAUACUAAUCAAUUCUAUCGUAACUGCUUAGUAGC